AUGGCGCUCCGAGCCAAAUCCCACACAGACCUGCAGUCAGCCGGCUCGUCAGACGACAGCCUGAGCAAGUCCCUCUCCUUGAGCAGGGUCGGCUUCGGGAAGGGGACCGCUGAAGAGGUCAGGGUUCUGUCCAGGCCCACACGGAGGCCCUUGAGAGUGGUCAGGCCGGUGAGCGCUGUCAGCAACAAUGGUUCCUUCCUGCAGAUCAACCACCUGCAAGGAGAACUGGUCCGAAAGAGGAAGGAGUGCGAGGACCUGAGAAGGGAGAACAAGUUAUUAUCCAAUGAGAUCCGCAUGGAGAGGAUCGCCAUGCGCUCAGAGAACGAGCUGAUGAUGAGGAACCUGAGGAACGUCAACCAGGAGCUGCAGGCUCAAGUCAAGGACAUGAAACAGCGUCUGUACCAGAGUCAGCAGAGGGCGACAUUGUGCUCGCAGGCCGUGGACGAGGCAGAGGCGCUCAGAGGGGAGGCGGACAAGGGCAGGGCCCUCGCUGAGGCCCGUGCCCUCGCCAGCCAGCGAGAUAAGGAGGAGGCCCAGGAUGACAGGAAACGCCUGAGGGAACAAGUGGAGCAGCUUCAGAAGGAGCGCUGUGAUCUUCAGCUGGUGCUGGCACAGACAGAAAAGAACCUCUUUGAGACCAAGCUGAAACUGGACCGAGUGUCUGGGGAGAAACAGGCCCUGCAGCAGGACAACAAGGGUCUUGAGCAGGACCGGGACGCCUUGCGACACAAGCUGAGACAGACCACGGAGGAGAACAUACAACUCAAAGAGAGCGAGGCAGAAUGGAAGUGCAGAGCAACGGCCUGCCAGGAGGCGAGCGAGAGGGCUGAACGAGGCCGCCAGGAGGCCGAGAAAGAGAGGCGUCUGGCUGAGAAGGAGCGUCAGGAGCGGGCAGCCGAGUGCCUCAACUGGAAGGAGAAACAUCUGGUUCUGGACCACAUGGUCCGAGCCCAGGAAGACAUGAAGGCCCUGAGGCAGGACAAAAGUUGCCAAGCCAACAUCAAGAGCUACUUUCUCUGCAUGACAGAAAGUGACCAGCGAGUGAAAAUUCUCAAAAAUCAAGAUGGCUCACCCAGAAAUUUUAUGGAGGGUGACCCCGUUUACAUCUCUACACCAGAGUGCAACUCGGAAGAAUCUGAGAGGAGCUCAUCGAGGAUGAUGUUCCGAGUGAGCGCCCCGCUCUCUGUGAGGGAUUCAGGACCGAGUCACUUUGACGAGUUGUCACCUUUAGAAGGAGGGCGUCCAGACUCUGCCAACCAUCGAAGAGGCAGGAAGGUGGUGGACUACUUCUGGAUCCCAACAGACCAGGACUAAAUCGACAUAUGCAACAUAUGGAACAUAUGGAACCCAUAUAUGGAAGACAGACACGUCAUUUGACUUUAAUUCAGCUUUUGAGUCUUAUUGUAAC